CUGUCGCAUUUCCUUCUUUUGUUAGGGGUUUUCCAAUGAAUUUCUCCUGCGCAACUGAAACCCCAUUGUAUUUUUCAUAAUGGCGGGCUUUCGGGCCGUUCAACCACGUGAUCCAUAAAAUGCGAUAGCAGUAAUUGUUUAUCGAGAUUGUUCUUUAAACAUGUAUUAAUAAUACUCGUUGGAUAUUAGUUAAGAAGAUAUUCGUUUGUCAAAAGUGAUAUAAUUACCGAUUCACGCAUUUUUUUUAAAUUUAUUAAUGAUAAACAGAAACUUAAAGUUGAGGAGUGAUGUAGCAUCUCAUCUCUGGAUGUAGCGAGAGUAAUCGACUCUUGGAUAUCGAUUGAGGUGCGUUCGUUAACUUCGAUUUUUCCGAUGUCAGAGUGACUCGUGUCGUCUGCUCUCAGAAUUUCUGGCCGGUAUUACGUGAGGUUAUGUGUAAACGUUUCGAUCGUACUAUUCUUAAGAUGACUAAAUUAUUAGCGUUUGCGUGAUAACAAUCAACAUAAACGAUGUUGUUUAUUAGAAAAGGUUUACGUAUUGCGCAAUGCUACUCCGGUAGAUGCAAGUGCAAUACAUCGAAACUGCAAAAUGAGUUGAGGUUAUGUCAGACCAAUAAUGAGAGAACUUCGCGAGUUUUGCAUUAUUCUACUGCAAGGAAAGUUGAAAGGGAUUCAGAAUUUCUUGUUCAUGAAUUAGAUCCUAGAGUGGAAAGAAUAAAGGACAAAUUAUUGUACAGUGAUUACGUGGAAAGUAAGAAACUUAAGUUUGGGUUUCGACAGAAUAAGGCAUUUCUAAAUAGACUACGAGCAGAAAAAGAAAAAAAGAAAUUGCAAGAGUUACGGUAUAAGCCUGUGUUAAGUGUAACGUUAGAAAAUAUGACUGGUGGUGAUAUCAACGUUCCCCUAAAAAGUGCAUUUGACGAGACAGUUACUGUUCCAUCGAGUAACGAUAAUGCAAAACCAGUUCAUAUGCCCUAUGCAACUUCUGACCAAUAUCAGACCAUAGAGCCUGUUGAGGCACCUAUUGAACCGGAAGGCCUACAAAAACAUGACGAUUCGUCUCCUUUGAACAAAAAAUACAAAAUACUUUAUGAAAAAUAUUUAGAAUUAACGGAUGUAGAAAAUACAAAGAGUAAUAAGAUGAAAAAUGGUCGCACUGCUGCAAUUGCUCAUACCUUACGAGAACGUCUAAUGGAUGAUGCAUCAAUGGCACCGGAUGAUUGGCUAAGUGAUUAUGAUCAUUACGUGGAACCUAUGGAUAGUGAUGGUUCAUGUGGAUUAAAUUAUGGAACUCCUGAUCCAAAAUCAAAAGUUAGUUCUGUACCUUGUGGUGGAUGUGGUGCAUUACUACAUUGUAAGGAUAUUGCGAUUCCUGGUUAUAUACCAUCUGAACUGUUUAAGGGACAAAGUAAGAAUGUCCUUCGAAGUAUAACAUGUCAACGAUGUCAUUUCAUGAAAAAUUAUAACAUAGCACUAGACGUUAAAGUAUCUCCAGAGGAAUACCCUAAUUUAUUAAAGGUAAUAAAAGGAAAGAAAACUGCUGUAAUUUUGAUGAUCGAUCUGAUGGAUUUUCCCUGUAGUAUAUGGCCUGACAUAGUGUCAAUUAUUGGUCACAAAACUCCAAUCUUCGUAGUAGGAAACAAAGUAGAUCUGUUACCUCGCGAUUCACCCAACUGUUUGGAACAUGUUAAAAAAUGUAUAGUGCAAUCCAUGAAGAAUAUAGGAAUUAAUAAAGCAAAUAUAAAACACAUUGCACUGAUAUCAGCAAAGACUGGUUACGGAAUAGAAGAACUCAUAAAUAAGCUUCACAAAAUAUGGGAAUAUACCGGAGAUGUUUACCUAGUUGGGUGCACUAAUGUUGGGAAGUCUUCUCUUUUUAACGCCUUAAUACAAUCGGACUACUGCAAAGUACAGGCUAUUGACCUUGUACAACGAGCGACGAUAUCUCCAUGGCCAGGAACCACUUUAAACUUGUUAAAAUUCCCUAUCCUCAAUCCAUUAGAUUGGAGACUGUAUAAACGAACAAUGAGACUUACGUCUUUAGCAAAAUUUAAACAUGCAGAGGAAUCUUACAGAAGAUUGCAGUUCAUAGAGUCAAAGAAUCUAGACUACGCAACACUACAAGGGGAUGUUGGUAGAACUUUUCGGCCAAAACGUGUAUUACAAAAUGCAGAUGCAUUUGCAGUAGAACCUUAUAGAGAAAAUAUGACCACCAGAGGUAUAAAUGAAAAACAGAGUAUUUAUGCUUUGAGUCGAUGGUGUUACGACACACCAGGGACUGUUCAGCCUGAUCAAGUAAUACAUCUAUUAACAACGGACGAACUUAUGCAAAUGUUGCCAACUAGCAUCAUUUCUCCUAGAACAUUCCUUCUAAAACCAGGCCAAACAUUAUUUCUUGCUGGGCUUGGAAGAUUGGAUUACGUAGAUGGCGGUCCAUUUAUAAGGUGCACAGUGUUCGCCAACAAUACUCUUCCCAUAAAUAUCUGUUACACUGCUAAUGCUAAUGAUAUUUAUAAAGAAUUAUUACCAGUGCCUGAUGCAUUGGUUAUUCCUAUCAAUGAUCCCGAACGAUUAAAAAUCUGGCCAGACUUAGCACCCAAAGAUCUCACAGUGACAGGAAUAGACCUUCGAGAAUCGGCUGCAGAUGUAUUAUUGUCUAGUGCAGGCUGGAUUGCUAUUACACCUGAUUAUUCCCAACGAGUUACGUUAAAAGCGUGGACACCAGAGGGGAGAGGAAUAUAUCUCAGAUCUCCUGCGCUUCUAAGAAAAUCAGUAAUACUACGAGGUGCUAGAAGAAAGUCAUCUCCAGUGUAUAAACACGGAUGGCGAGUUUAUAGAAAACCAUGAAUAAAAAUUCAUCCAUGAACACCA